GCUUCUCCCCCAACACACAGGUGGUAGAGCGGCUCCGGGCACAAUACGGGAACGUGUACGGCCAUGACAACGUGAUGCUAAGCGGCACUCACACACACUCGGGUCCUGCCGGGUAUCUCCAGUACCUGCUCUUUGAUAUCACCUCCAUGGGCUUCAUUCACGAAACGCUGGACGCUAUGGUGGAAGGCAUUUACCAGAGCAUCGUGAUGGCGCACGAGAGGGUGGUGCCUGGCUAUGUGUACGUGACCAGCGGCGACCUCCUCGAGACCUCCAUCAACCGCUCGCCGACGGGAUACCUCAACAACCCGGAGGAGGAGAGGGCGAAGUACGAACACAACACAGACAAGACAAUGACGUUGCUGAAGCUGGUGGCGGAGGAUGGAACCGAUUUGGGUAUGGUGAACUGGUAUGCUGUUCACCCAACCUCCAUGAACAACACCAACAAGCUGGUAUCUGGGGACAACAAGGGCUAUGCGUCCCAGCUCUUCGAGAGGGCCAUGAACCCCGAAGCUCUACCUGGCCAGGGGAACUUCGUAGCGGCGUUCGCACAAUCGAACUGCGGCGACGUGAGUCCGAACACGAAGGGCCCGCGGUGUAUCGACACGGGUCUUCCCUGCGAGCUCUCCUCCUCCACGUGUAAUGGCCGCGUCCAGAACUGCAUCGCCUUCGGGCCCGGGAAGAAUAUGAUGGACAGCACCAGAAUCAUCGGCGAAAACCAGUUCCAGAAGGCUUGGGAACUGUACCAUGAUGCUGCCGCCGUUAAGAUCUCGGGACCUGUUCAGUUCGCGCAUCAGUUCGUUGACAUGGCCAAUUACUCGGUGCAUUAUGAUGAUGGAUCUACGGGCAAGACGUGCAUGCCCGCCCUGGGGUACAGCUUCGCGGCAGGCACCAUCGACGGGCCCGGCGCCUUCGAUUUUACCCAGGGCAUGACGGAGGGCAACCCCUUCUGGAACAUGGUGAGCGGGGUUCUGCACAAGCCCUCGCCUGAACAGGUUGCCUGCCAUGACCCCAAGCCCAUCCUGCUUGACACGGGCGAGGUGACGUCAUGACCCUCCUGCCGGGGGUCAUGUUCGACGGCACUCCGCUCGGCAAGGCCUUCGGUGACGUCAUCGCUGAGCCGUAUCCCCUGGCGUACGUUGGGGAGACUGUCACCGCCAAGUUCGUGGUAACUCCCAGCUGGGAAGCAAACCAGGUGAGGAGAGCCCAUCGGCGCAGGAACUCUCGCAAGCCCUGGUGGCGCCGCGUGUUCCACCUGUAAGAUCGGUGACGUCAGAUCUUGAAAAUCUCUCUCUCUUUUUUUUGUGUGUUUCCUUGACCUAAAAUGACCCUCCUUACCUACCUGCCAAGGAAUCGUGAAAUCAGGAUGUGUCUCUCCGGGGAAACUUUAUAAUGAAUGCCAGUAUCUUUUUUCCAGGGAAUUUAUAAGUCAUACUUAAGAGUAUUCUAGGUAAUUAUCCGUAUGCUUCUUUCUACAGAAUAAUUUGACAUAAAUACGAAUAUAACGAAGAAGAAUAAAAGAUUAAACAUAUAUUUGCCUAGAUUCCUGAAGUCAUUAGUUGUGCCAUAUAUUCCAAAUAAAGCUUUAUAUUUUC